CAGUAGCGACGACGAAGCGCGGGAGCGACCGACCCUCCUUCCGCCAAAACCGGCGAGCGGACCGCGGCGGACGGCUGUGAUGUAGCCGGGGCCGGCGACAGCGGCCCUCGGACAAAGGAUCCGCGCUUCAACCGAUUCGCGAUGAAGAAGUUUACUUUCAAGGGGGUGCUCGACGGGUUCCGCAGCUCCGUGCAGGCGGCGCCUCGCGGCGUGGAGCAGGAAAUCCAGGAGACGCUGCGUCCCGACCAUUUCCAGAUCAAAAAGACAUUCCGACAUGGAUUCCCGUUCUCGCCAACGGCGCUGGCCUGGGACCCCAUCCAGAAGCUGCUGGCCAUCGGCGACAAAGGCGGCAACCUUAGAAUACUGGGCGGGCCGGGCGUGGACGCGCACGUGCGGCACGACACGGGCGAGGCAGUACUGCACGCGCAAUUCCUCGUCAACGAAGGUGCACUCGUCACUGCCACGGCCGACGACCAGCUGCAUCUCUGGACCUUCCGCCAGAAGUCGCCGCAGCGUGUGCAGUCCUUAAAGUUCCAGAGAGAACGGAUCACGUGCCUGCACCUGCCGCUGGCGUCGAAGUGGAUCCACGUAGGCACGGAGCGCGGCAACGUGCACGUCGUCAACAUCGAGACUUUCGCUCUCAGCGGAUACGUUAUCAACUGGAACAAGGCCAUCGAAGUAACGAGACAGAACCACCCCGGGGCUGUGGUGGAUAUUUGUGAUAAUCCCUUGGAUGCUAGUAAGCUACUGAUAGCGUUCGAGACGGGCCUGGUAGUGGUAUGGGACCUGCGCUCGCGCAUGGCGGAGUGGCGCGGCGCGCUGGGCACGGGCGGGCCGGGCGAGGGCGUGCGCGCCGCCGCCUGGCAGCAGGACGGCAAGCUCAUGACCGCGCACGCCGACGGCGCGCUGGCCACCUGGACCACGCGCAGCCCGCGCCCGACCUCGCUCUCUUACCCGCACGCAAAAGCAAGCAAAGACGGCAAAUUGGAGCCGUGCAAACCGAUCCUCAGGCUCGAAUGGAAAACGUCGAGAACGGGGGAGAGCCUGGUGAUAUUCUCAGGAGGCUUACCGACAGACAAGGCGGGGCGCACACACAGCAUCACAGUGCUCAACGGCAAGAGCACAACGGUGCUCGAAAUGGAGCACGCUGUCGUCGACUUCGUCACACUCUGCGAAAGCCCGCACACAGCCGAUUACCAAGAGCCUUACGCGAUAGUGGUGCUACUGCAGAACGACCUUGUGGUGAUCGAUCUGCUAUCUCCGGGAUACCCCUGCUUUGAGAACCCGUACCCUAUGGACAUACACGAGUCUCCUGUCACCUGCUGUUCAUAUUUCGCGGAUUGCCCUUCAGACCUAAUCCCGGCGUUUUAUUCGGUGGGGCGGCAAGGCAACAAGAAAGCGACAGGGUUCAGCGAGAAGUUGUGGCCCAUCAACGGCGGCGAGUGGGCGCCCGCCUCUUGCUCUUACAGCGAGAUCAUUCUCACGGGACACGCCGACGGGAGCGUAAAAUUUUGGGACGCCAGUGCGGGGACCUUACAAAUUUUAUACAAAUUAAAAUGUUCUAAAGUGUUCGAGCGGCGCGCGAGCGGCUCGACGGCGGGGUACGAAGAGGAGGCGCCGCUGGCCAUCCAGCAGGUGGCGCUGUGCGCGGAAUCGCGCCGCCUGGCCGUGGCGCUGCCGCACGGGCACGUCGUGCUGUUCAAGUUCCGCAAGGCGGAGACGCACGGCGAGACUUGCGUGCUGGAGAUCCCGACGAUAUCGGACGCGGCGGAGGAGGAGGCGUCGCCCGAGGCGGAGGCGGCGGGCGGCCGCUCGGCGUCGUUCUGCCGCGGCGCGGAGGCGGCGCUGCGCGUGCGCGGCCUGGCGGGCACGGGCGGCGUGCGGCGCGCGGCCGGCUUCCAGCCCGCGCUCGUGGCGCUGCAGCAGGGCCCGGCGCACCCCGUGGCCGCGCUCACCAUCCACUCGUCGUACGGCCUCAUGGCGUGGGGCGGCGAGCGCGGCGUGGUGGUGGCCGACGUGUCGCGGCGCGCCGUGGUGGCGGCGCUGGCGCCCGCGGCGCUGUACCAGCCCGCCGAGCUGCGCGCUCGGCCCGCGCCCGCCGCCGGCGACCGCCAGCGCUCGCCCAGCCUCGACCAGCUGGAGGACUGGUCGCGGCCGACGCCCGCCGCCAGUCCCGCCGACCUUGGAGCGGCCACCGCCAACUCCGACGAGCCUGCACCCACUCAAGACAAGCUCGAAAACCGUCGCAAAUCCACCUCCUGGAAAACUUUUAAUUUGAAACGACAGCUCUCUAAAGUUGACCUCAAAUUCAAAGCUGCAUUCACUGGGCCCGCCGAAACUAACGCAGAAGAAAUCGCUGGCGAAAAACGAAAUUCGCAGUUCUAUUGUGAACCGAAUGAUAAAAUCGACGCGGCGCCGGAGUCUAAUACCGAGACGCCGGAAAGCGACGAAAACAAAACAGCGGGAGAUGUGGAGGAGGUGAAAAGCGCUGACAAAAGUGAACUAUCGUCACCUUUACGAGUAUGCUCGGACGUGUUCGAAAGAAUGCAUAAGGAAUUGCAGGAGAAAAGGUCCUUGGAUGUAUACGAUAGAAUGCAUAAGGAACUACAGGAGAGAUGGCAAGACAAAGAGAGAAUCGAAGCGGGAAUCUCGCCCGACAUAUCACCCUCUAGGUUAGAAGAAGAAAAAGUAGUGCGUCCAGACAAUUUACCGCUAUUUGAGGAGGACGGUCGGCCGGCGCGACCCCCCAGGCAGAAAGGAAAGACUAAGAAGGAGGAGGCGGAGAAAAGAGACCAAAGAGACCAAAGACUGUUAUCGGUGCCGAACAUAAAGUACAGCAAACGCGAGCAGGAGAGCGUGAAGGACCUGCGGCGCAAGCAGCACACGCCGCCGACGGGCUCAUUCGCGGGGAACCUCAUGCGCCGGUUCAGUAAAAUAGACAAGCUGGACAGCUCGUUCUCACGGUCGCGCUCCAGCUCCAUGUCCAGUCUGGAGAACAUCUCGCAGGAGGGCGUGCAGUGCCUCGCCUUUGCCGAUAGCUACACCAAGAAGUCAGACCCGACGACGUUGCUGCCGACGCUGUGGAUCGGUACCACAUUGGGCUCGGUGCUCACGAUGAUGAUCAGCCUGCCCGAAGCCGACCUCAGGCACACGCAGCCCGUCGUUGUCUCUACGAGCGGUGGUCCUAUAUUUAGGUUAAAAGGUUCAAUCCUUACAAUGUCGUUUCUCGACUGCAAUGGUGCUUUAAUACCUUACUCGUACGAAAGUUGGAAGGAUGAUAGUAAAGACGUAAGAGAAAGGCGUGAACGGACGCCGACAAAACAAUCGUCGUCGUCGUCGGGCAGUCGCAUGUCGCCGACCCCGGCGGGUGAAUCUCCGGCGCCAACGGGCGACCGACAGUUCGUCGUAAUCGCGUCGGAGAAGCAGGCGCGCGUCGUCGCACUUCCCAGCCAAAACUGUGUUUAUAGGCAGCAGAUCGUCGACACGGAUUUUGUCGUGAAAGCUGAAAUCGUCAGUUUAAAAGAUAGUGUGUGUCUCGUCAAUUACCUAUCGACCGGCCAUCUGGUAGCGUACAGCCUGCCCUCGCUGCGGCCGCUCGUCGACGUCGACUUCCUUCCCCUCUCCGAGCUCAGCUUCCAGACACAGUCCAAACAGAGGGGUAUCGUAGACCCAAUGCUCUCCAUAUGGGGCCAACAACUGAUAGUUAACGAGGAUACGGACCAGAUAGCGAAGACAUUCUGCUUCAGCAACCGCGGCCACGGCCUCUACCUCGCCUCGCCCACCGAGAUACAGAAGUUCACAAUCGACGCUGAGUUCUGCCAGCAGCUGAACGAGAUGCUGGGCGAGCUGUUCCUGCCGCGCGACAUGCCCGAGCCGCCGAAAGAGAGCUUCUUCCGCGGCCUCUUCGGAGGCGGCUCGCGCCCGUUCGACCGGGAAGAACUUUUUGGCGAGAGCAGUGGCAAGCCCAGCCGCACGGUGGCGAAGCACAUCCCCGGCCCCAAUGAGAACCUGCAACAGCUUGGCGCACGCGCAUCCACCGCCGCCUCAGAGGUUUCGCGGGCCCACCAGCUGGUCCUGGAGCGCGGCGACAAGCUGUCGCAGCUGGAGGAGCGCACGGAGCGCAUGUCCAACGAGGCAGCACAGUUCUCCACCUCUGCGCACCAGCUGAUGCUCAAGUACAAGGACAAAAAAUGGUACCAACUGUGAACUCUCGCGCCCCGACACCCGCAGCGGAUCACAUUCCACAGAGAUGUGUUGAAGCAUUUGUGAUUGUUCUUAUUUCGGCACUAGAUGGCGGUGUAGAUAUAUCGCCUUGGACUGUGACGCCGUCUAGUUUCGAAGUUUUUAUACUGCUUGUUCUGUAUGCGAUAGUGUAAUUCCGACUUUGCAAUGUAAAAUUUCCAGAAAAUUGCUAUCGCGUGACAACAAUGUUAGGGUUCGGUCACGAAGUAAUAAUGUAUAUUUCCACUUCGUAACAAAUUGUAGAAAGAUCUUCAAUGUAUUGUCUCGAGACUCUGUAAUGAUUUUACUCGUGGAGGAAUCUUCUCGGUGCGUGAGCUAGUGUGAUAAUAAUGAUCGUUCGAAGUAAUUUUAGAAUAGAGGCUCUCCUUCAAUGUAUUGCUGCGCCGGCGCGCCGUUGCGACAAGAGCGUGGCGGUACGGUGUCGCAGAGCGGCCGAUCCUCGUCCCGCCGCGCGGAUAGAGCUUAGCUACCUAGUAGAGAUCUUAUGAACCUUAACUUUAGACUCUUAUUAGGCGUGUCUCGAAAUUCAAUGAACGCACAAAACGUAAUCGAUAUCGCUCUCGGCCGUAGAGAGUGGGCCCCGAUGGAAACACUAGUUCCGCUUCUCGAAUACGCGCUCAAUCGUUCAAUUAUUUCUGUGCCUCGGUAUACAUUACUUCCAAGGUAGCUAGUACCUAUGUAAACGAAACUUUUACACGAGCUUCUCGUCAAAACGAAUGUCGCCGUAUGAGACGACGAGAGUAUCUCGUAUGAUACAAUAGAUUCGUUUUUCAAUAACUUGUAUCGUUUCGCACUGGGAAUAUGCGGGUGGUCCGUUUCAACACAAUAAUCAAUACCAUAUCCUGAAAUCACAAACAAUAUUGAUUAAAGCUUCGGUGUACGUUCUCUACCUCGUUACAGCAGGUAGAACAAAAAGGACAUCAUAAGACGGCCGGUAUUCGAGUUGACUAGCAGUAGUAAUUAUUGAAACGGACGGCUUCACAUAAAUUCUCGAAUUGUCCAAACACUGACGAGUCCUAGUCAAUCUGCUGUACAGAUACCAACAGAUGCCACGGCCCUCGUGACCCUCCGGUGUGCGUAGCGCCACAUUCAUUCACGCGAUGUGAUAAUUGUACAUAGUCAAACAUUAUAAACUAAUUUACUUAAUUAAAUCUUUUUAUACAUUAUGCGAUACUAGUGUGAUGCUAUCCCGUUCUCGUCUCCCGU